AUGCAGCAGGAGUCCUCCCAGUCAGAUCUGGCUGAACGUGACGUGCCGACUCGGAGCCGAGCGAGGUUUCCUGGCGGAGCUGCGGAGGGAGCAGGAGCCGAGCGGGUCUGCCUGUCUGUCCGUCCGUGUGUCUGUCUGUCUGGAACACAAAAACCCUCCUCUUUUCGGCUGGACGCGGCACCCGCGGCUAUGGAUCCAUCGCUGUCCUCCUCCCGUUUUCACCGCUGA